CACAGCAAAUGUGGCAAAAGCUGCGCCGCUGUUGCGGUUGUGGUGUGCGUGUGUCUGAGGUGGUCGGCGGUGCUUCCUUUGCCAGAUGUGGCUUCUUCAGCCCCGACUGUGGGACUAACGGCUUUUUCUCUUAAAUGUGCACUGCUGGAGCUUUUCUUCAGCUGCUUCAACUGAUCAUGUGGGGCCACUUCUUAUGGCAGCAUCUCUUUUUGUUUUUUUUUUUUUUAAACAGUAAAUACUGUGCAAUGUGUCCAUAUUUAUUGUUUCUGGGAGAAGGAAGUCCAAGAUUCAAGGUGUCACAUUAAACGCUUGUACUGCUUUCACAAUACUCAACUUCGCGAUGUUCUCUCCUCUAAUACUGCCGUACAGUCAUUUCUGCUACUUGCUGCGGGAGUUUUUGUAAUGCGAAUGGGCUCAUUGCUGGUCGGUAAAUAAGGGAUCGAUGUCGUCAUAACGCAAAAUACUCUUGGCUUGUACACAGUUUUCCCCCAACAUCACUGAGUAAAUCGGAGUAAGCAUGUACGCGAGAUAUGGAGGAUGUGGCUAAGAAGCGUGCUGUGAAAAAAAGAACAGCUUUAAUACUUGAAGGAAAGCUUGAUGUUACAAAGCAUCUCGAGCGAAUUGAAAGAACUUGUGAAAUUGUUCACACGACUGCCAUAAGAGUCAACUGUGCGUCGACGCUGCCUUCACUUUCAUCAAGGGCUUGACGCCACAGCACCCAUGUCUACCGGACCCUCGUUUGCCCAUUUUAACCGGGCCCGAGACGCACCCCACUAUGACCAGGUCCCCGUGGGCUCCUUGCGGCGGGACGAUGAGCCCACCCUUCUGGAGCAGCAGAGCGAGCUGGCCCUAAGCUCAGACCCGCUGCCGCCUCCUCCCCUCCCAGAGCAGCCGCCCGUGGGACCAGAGUUUGACCCCAGCGGCAGCGAGGAUAACGUGGACACCGCCGACAUCAAGCCCGUCCACCGGUUCAUUCCUGAUUCUUGGAAGAAUUUCUUCCGGGGCAGUAGCAGUAGCAAGAGCAGGAGCAGCAAGCCAAGGUCCGUGAUGUCAGAGAACAAAGGCGGUAACAGCAGUAGCAGCGGAGUGCGCUGCUCGCCCCCGCACUCUCCCUUCGUUCCCGGCUCCUACCGGGACCCAUACGGGGGCUCAGGCGGCAGCUACGGCUCCCACAAGGAGCAGGCCCUGCUGCUCCACGACCCGCUGGAGUCCAUCGACGGGCACACAGUGCGCACGGCGCUCACCUACAGCGAGAGGGUCGAGGAGUACAACAUGCGCUACGCCUACAUGAAGUCUUGGGCCGGCCUGCUGCGCAUCCUGGGCUGCGUGGAGCUGCUGCUCGGGGCAGCCGUGUUCGCCUGCGUCUGCGCUUACGUGCACAAAGACAACGAGUGGUUCAACAUGUUCGGCUACUCUCAGCCGCAAGCCUUCGGCAUAUACGGAGGCUCCAGCGGCUCCUAUUACGCAGGGCCGCAGACCCCCUUCGUCCUGGUGGUGGCCGGACUGGCUUGGGUGGUGACGGUGAUCGUGCUGGUGCUGGGAAUGACCAUGUAUUAUCGCACCAUUCUGCUCGAUUCCAACUGGUGGCCCCUUACCGAGUUUGUCAUCAACCUGGUGCUGGCGGUGCUCUACAUGGCAGCGGGCAUCGUUUACGUGAGGGACACCAUCCGGGGCGGUCUGUGCUACUACCCUGUUUUCAACAACGGGAUCAACGGCGCCUUCUGUCGCAGGGAGGCCGGUCAGACGGCCGCCAUCAUCUUCCUCUUCAUCACCAUGCUCAUCUACUUGAUCGGGGCCAUCGUCUGCCUGAAGCUGUGGAGACACGAAGUUGCCCGCAGACUCAGAGAGAGCCUGGGUCUCGAGAUGAAGACAACGGAAUCUGUUCCAAGGUCCUUGGUCGAUGGGCCCUACAAAGCCCCCAAGCCCAAGCAGGCACCGUCAGUCGCUGUGGAAAUGGAACCAGUUGCCAAGGAGAUGCAACCAGAAAUCCUCCGAGGACACAUUCCUUCUGGACACAUUCCAAAACCUGUGGUCAUGCCGGACUACAUCCAGAAGUACCCCACCAUCCGGUCGGACGAAGAACGGGAUCAGUACAAGGCGGUGUUCAACGACCAGUAUGCCGAGUACAAAGAGUUGCACGCCGAGGUUCAAGCUGUACUGCGGAAGUUUGAUGAGAUGGACGCGCUGAUGCACAGCUUGCCACAACACCCCGGCAGUCAGAAGGAAUUCGACCGAAUCAACAGAAUCCUCCAGGAGUACGAGCGCAAGAAGAACGACCCAGCGUUCCUGGAGAAGAAGGAGCGCUGUGAAUAUCUGAAGAAUAAACUGUCCCACAUCAAGCAGAAGAUCCAGGAGUACGACAAAGUGAUGCAGUGGAACGACGGCUACAGUUAGAGCUGCCGAGCGAGCGGCGCACGUGGGGCCGGUUGCCAGCCGUUCUCUUUCGGAACGUCUCCUGCAUACUGGACGUGUGAAGCCCCUGCGAAGCUGAGAAACGACUGCAAUUGCAAAAUAGCUCUGUGAACAGCUUUAAUAUCAGUAAAGGGACUACAUGUGAAUAUGUUUUCGUGACGCCUCUAAUGUGAGCUCAACUUGGAGUGAAACUGGUGCAUAAACCGUGAGUGCAGAGCGGAAGUGCAUUUACUGUGAAUUGUCACGUGUUUAUUAAGGCAGAAAUGCGCAAAUGUGCAAUUUGGUGCAGGUGCCCCGAUGACUACUGUGUCCUGUAUCCGACGAGCACUUCGUACGGGAUUUGCCGCGUUGCCUUUCUUUAUGAUGCCCUUAAAAUGUGCAGGAGAGACAAAUUAGUGCUGAAGUUGGGUUUUAACUUUUGCUCCGGGGUCAAAAAGAGUCCUUCCCUGGAGCAGCAGCUCAUCUGCUGUCUAUUUUAAUGUAAUAUCAAAGUUAGUUUUUCUUUGAAAUUAAAACUUAAACAGCCAACAUUUUGGUGGGGAGCAAAACUUUGAAAAUGGUUGGUCAGUCACUUGACCAAAUGUUACAUGAGGGUUAAGGCUUGUUUUGUUUUUUUUUUCUUUUUUUUUAAAUCAUUUUAAAUUGGUCUAACUUCAGUGCCACUUAAGACAGCAUUGCAUUGCUUUGCUUUAACUGCUGUAUAGUGUGACAUGCAAAGCCAUCCAAAUAUUUAUUUAAAAAUGUUUCAUGUAUAUCAUCAGUUCCUCUUUUUGUUAUCCACUGGUAUUUGGUUUUUCAGACUGUAAUUGACUAAUUGUAAUUUUUUUCUUCUGUGCCGCUGUGAUGUAUCGCUUACUGCAGUAAAAAGUCCUGUACUUGCCCUAUUCAGUUGCACUUCAGUACUGUGCUACCUUUGUGUGCCUCAAAAAGGCCAGGAAUAAACAAUUUUGUAUUUAGUAA